AUGUCUAAUAGUACAUUUACGCCUAUUCCUUCGAGUCAAAUUGGGGGCGCGAUUGCUGUCAAUGUUUUUGCAGUACUUUCGACUAUUGCUCUCGUUUCCGUUAUUCUCAGGGUAUUCUGGUUGGCCAUCCGACGUCAAAAUUCACCAAUUGAGUGUCACGAAUGUGUCUUUUUCAACACCCAGCUUGGUCAAUAUGCUGCUUGUUUGAUCAUAGGGAUGGUGUUUGACGCCAUUGCUGGAGUUAUUGGGCUAAGUUGGGUUAUGGAACAGGGAAUCACAGAAGGCUGGAUGUGCAGAAUGCAAGCUACUUUGAUGCAAAUUGGCAACUUCUCGACUGGUUAUUUCACUAUUGCUAUAGCAGUUCAUACUUUCAAUUGCUUGGUAUUGAAGAUGCGCCAGUCUGUCCUUGUUUGCCGUACAGCCAUUACGGUGGGUUGGGUUUUCUCACUGCUCGUUGCGGUCGGACCCUUCUUCGUUCAUCCUGAAGAAGGGUAUGUUUAUGGUGCUGCUGGCUUAAUGUGUGGUGUGCGAGCAAUAUUCCCAAAAGCCUUGUUUAUUUUUCACAUCUUGCCGAUUCUCCUCGCUUCGAUCUUGGGUGCCAUUCUAUACUCGCUCAUUUUCCUCGUCCUUCGUGGUACUCUGAAGUUCAAUAGUGGCAUAAAGAUUACCUUAAACCCGAACAAACGCUGGAAUAAUAAGGAGGGGUUAGGCGAAAAUUAUCAUCGUUUUGUCGCACGUAUUGCCAGAAGCAUGCUAUGGUACCCAGUUGCCUACGUCGCCUUCCUGAUUCCAUACGCUGUCACUCGCCUUUUUAUGCUCUCUGGGUUUGUCGUACCAUAUGAAGCUGUAGUCUUUGCAUCUAUCUGCUGGUUUACUUUGAGCUUUGUGGAUGUUCUGCUUCUUUACAAUACUUUCCGAGUUCUGGGCCCAGCCUUCGAAGCACGAUCUGCAGCUUCUUCCCGAAAGUCACAGUCUCUUUCAUCGUCAUCGAAUCUUGAGAAGUACGGUGUUUCCCCUUCUCCUUUUGAACGUGCUGCGCUAGAAGAGAAGAUUCAUCAUUACCGCACGCAAAGUGAAAAUUCCACUGCCCCGUCUACUCUUAGUUCAGGAUCGGCGAGACCUUUAUUACCUUUGUAUCUGAACCAUGAAGAUUACCGCGGAUCAGCUCAGGCAGCGACCAUCGGUCGGAACAUCUCUCCAAGUUUCGGGCGGGAUUCUGACAUUGCCACGCCCCCUCCCAUCGUUGUUUCUCCCUCCCGGUCGUCCAGCCGGGAUGUUGCUACACAUGUUCGCAAUGAUUCUUUCACGUCCCGUGGCCUGCCUGCGCCUCCUCGAAAACCUGUACCGGCUUACAAUGCGAGCAAAGCCAUACCUCUCAUCCCUUCUUCCCCUGAAUCUCCGACAAGCGUAUACUCCCAUGAUACCAGAUGGCUUUCCCGUCAGCAAUCAACACAGACCUUUGGCCAGAGGAAUUCUGCCGCCCUUACUUCGCCUUCAGUUUUCUCGGAUGGCGGGUUUUCAGAAUGGUCGACAGUGACCCCACCGCAAGGGUAUGGCCAACCUAUGCUCAGCGCAGUUGGGAAUGGCGCAUUCCUUAGUGCACAGGGAUAUGAUCAACCCUCGGCGUCGGCGACAAUCGAGCGCAGCAUCUCAGUCCAGGCCACAUCUCAAGUGAGGGGGCAACGACCACUUCUGCUCUCCCGUGGCAGCUCUCCUGAUUUGAGAGAAGCUAUUUCGCGCAAAUCAUAG